UCCGGCCAAAUCUCUGACAUUCUGGGAUAUUUUGGCCACAACGAAGCAUGAACCGAACACAUGAGUUGGACAUAUCUCUAGAGGAUCAUCUUCUGGAAGUUCUAAAUGCUCUUCCGACUAUCUUACCCGACGACCUGGCUGUCGAAUUGUCAGCCUUCAUAACACCAUCAAGCACUGUCAUUCCGUACUACAUUCUCCUCAAGAUAUCCCAAUGGUCUCGUUCACCAGCAGGUCUCAAAGCACUGCAGAGCUCUUCGCUGGAUCCUCAAUCUUAUUCCAUGGUCUCUCUGCUUGCUGGCACGCGAACAUCACCAGAAAAGAAGUUUCCAGCAUACGUGGCAAAGGAUCCAGAAACAGAGCGCCGGCAGGCAGCAAAUGACAAGAAGGCAGUGUCUACGGUCGUUAAUGGCGUCCUCAGCGUUGCAGGAACCGGUUUUGCAACAUGGUGGGCAAGUGAACGUAUGGGCCUGCGCCUUGAAUGGGUAUGAAUCAUCCGCUGGGUGUUAUCUGAUACUCAUAUAUGUCUAUGCAGAGAGUUUUGUUCGCAACAUCUGUUGCUCUCGUUGUUGCCCUUGCAGAAAUUAUACUGUUCAUGAUAUGGGACUCUCGCCGAUCAAACACGAAAACAGGACAUGCUCCGCGCAUACUAUCGAGGAAUGAGAAGCUCGUGAAAGACUCUGAUAAAGCUGACAUAGUGGAUGCCACCGCAGCUUCUUCCAGCACAGACCCAUAUCACUCUGCAUUACGCCAACGCCUAGUUCAACCUGCU